CCCCCGAGGCACGUCGCCGUCGACGCCCGGUGCGACUAGAAGGACCCCGGCGAGGAACGCCCCCGCGACCCGUCCCCGGGGCCCAACCCGGCCGUCAACCUGGAAAUGUUCGGCGGGAUCCUGCGCGCGGAGGGAUACUGUCCGGGCAGCUUGGUGCUCGCUGGAGCCUAAGUCGCGCGGCCGUCCUUCGCCCUCCGCGUUUUUCCUCCACUUUUUCCAGGCGCCCCAGCCAUGGGCGCUACUCGACAACAAGACGGUCCCCUUGGGGCGUGAUCGCCGCCCUGGAGCGUGCUGGAUAAGGGCCUCGACCACCACCGCGCGGCUUUGGCGCCCAGGAAACUCCACCCUCUCCGCUUGCGUUACUUGCUGCUACGUGCAGCAAGAUAGGCAGCACUCCCGCUCCAAUGCAGCAGCCACAAGCACUUCCACAAGAGGAGGCGCAGGAGGGUAACCUGGCUGCUUCCCAGGAACAGCAAUUUACAUUGCCCUCAGGGCAACAAAUCCGAAUUGUCAACUCGUCCAAUUUGCUUCAACAACUUCAAGCUGCGCAACAGCAUGCCUUCCAACAACAGCAACAGGCUUUGCAACAAUCUGUGCAGCCACUUCAGCAAAUGCAACAACAGCAAAUAGUAGAAUCUAAUGCAAUGGUAGCGGUAAAUCCAAAACGUGAGCCCUGCUCACCCCCUGCAUCUCCGCAGACGAGUGCUAAUGCGCAGACCCAAUUAGUUACGCUGCAACAGCUUCAGUCAUUUUUACCACAACACAUGCAACUGACAAAUGCCACCACAUCACAGGCUUCAGUUCCAGAUGGAACUCAACAGGUCUCAAGGGAUAUCAAGCCAUCCUUGGUGUCCCUGCAAAACAUACCAGGCCAAUUUAUUCAGCAUCAGCCUCUUGUGACAUCAGCUGGUCAAAAUGUCACCUACAAUGUUGUGCAGCCAAUGCAAACUGUGACUGUAGAUGAACAGGGAACUGUUCUCCUAAACGCUGCUCCAGGAGGGGCCCAGCAGAUCCAACACCUACAGCUGCCAGGCGGUCACACAGUUCUUACGCCAUCUAUGCUUCGAGGCCAUAAUGUCAUACCCAAUGGAAAUUUACCUGCUGGUCUACAAGCUGGGAUUUUGCAAAAUAUUGCAGGACAAACUGUCCAAUUUCCUGGAGGAAAUAUGGCAGUGCGACAAGCUGGAGGUGGUUUGCAACAAUUAGUACAUUUACCUGCAGUAACCACUCAAACAAUACCAGUGCAGGUUCCUAUCAGUACUUCAAAUGGCACUAUAUAUCAGACUGUUCAUUUACCUGUUCAAUCAAUGCAAAAUGUUCAGCAAAUCCCUCAAAUGAUUCCCCACAUGCAGCUUGGUCAGGUCCAGGCUCCCCAGAUGGCUCAAAUAGUCACACCAAAUGGUCAGAUUCAACAAGUCCAGUUAACGUCUUUAGCUCAACUUGGCGGAUUGAACCACCAGCUGCAACUUGCUCAACCACAACAACAGCAACAAAUGCAGCAAUCAGCUCAACCGACUGGUAGUAAUACAGUUACCUCAAGCACAUGGAGCACCUCUACUGUGACCUCUCCCACCGUUUCUGUUCAGACGGUGAGCGCUCCAACCAUGAUUGAUGCAUCUGGACAGCAGCAAAUAUCAUUUGCUGGGGGUCAAGUGGUGCUCCAGCAACAACCUCAACAGCAACAAAUAACUUUGCCAAAUGGUCAGCAAGUCACUGUGAUUCAGCCUAGUCAAAAUAUGACAAAUCUGGGGAACUUAACUCAAGUUAGGCCAAAUGUUUUCCAAAUACAAAAUCUCUCAAAUGUCGCAAAUUUGUCAAGUCUCCAGUCAUUCCCCAUCCAGAACAUUCCUGGAUUGGGCAAUGUUCAACUUAUACCUGCUAGUGCUCUUCAGCUAGCCCACCAACUGGGGCAGCAGACCCAACAGACUGUGCAGGCACAAGUCCAAGUUCAAGCACCACAGAUUCAACAGCCACAACAGCCUCAAGUGCAACAGUUGCAACCUCAAGCCAAUACAGUAGUCUCUCUUCCAGGUGGACUACAAUUAAUGAGUGAGUUAGAGUCAUCUGCACCUCAACCUCAGCCAGUCCCUGCUGAUAAUGGGGAGGCGUCAGUUCAAUGGCAAGUAGUCAAUUCAACACCAACGCCUGUCCCAGCUGUCCCUGCUGUCAGUACCUCUUCCAACCGAAGAGAAGGCAGACGACAAAGACGAGUUGCAUGUACUUGUCCCAACUGCAAUGAUUCUCGCGAGAGAGGGGGUGAAAGAAGGAAAAUUCAUAUUUGCCAUAUUCCUGGGUGUAAUAAAGUCUAUGGAAAAACUUCCCAUCUGAGAGCUCAUUUACGGUGGCAUUCAGGGGAAAGGCCAUUUAUAUGUGGAUGGGCUUACUGUGGAAAGAGAUUCACUCGCUCAGAUGAGCUGCAGAGGCACAGAAGAACACACACAGGCGAGAAGAGGUUUGCUUGUCAAGACUGUGACAAGAAAUUUAUGAGGAGUGACCAUCUCAGCAAGCACAUGCGUAUUCAUGCUAAACAACGCAGGGAGGGUCUUCCUGUGGGACCUGUUGGGCCAUCUGAUGCCUCUGAACAAGAACUGGCAACUUCCACUCAGUCAGGAUCAGAAGAUGAAGAUGAUGGGUCUGAUGGUGAAGAAAGUGGCUCCUCUGGAGAUGAAGACAUGAGAAUCAUCAUCAAUCCGGAACCCGAUCAGUCUGACAGUGCUGUUGCAGAUGCUGUUAAUAGCCCUUUAUUGGAUAGCUGAGUGUGUCUUCCGCGUCCUGAACCUGAUUCAGGGCGCGACUUUGGGGACUCUUUGGCUGUGCCUACUAAUAAUGGUUCUGGGCCUGAGGUUCCCCAACCUGUCAAGGAUUCUAGUGACUUUCAGUGCUUAGAUCAAACUGAUAAUAUUGACUGUUCUGAGUUAUCUGGACCAAUGCAUAUGCAUCUAGAUAGCACUGACUCCUGCCUAGAUUCUAUUGUGGCAGAAAGUACCUUUGGUAGUGAGGGAAUACCUAGUGUAUCUUCACUGAAGUUGGAAAACAUUUCUGACAGUUUUGGAGAUCUGGAUUCUGCAUCUGAUUCUUCCUCAAGCUCAUCGGAGGAUGCUAAGAAUGCUGGGUAUUGCUUAAGACCAAGAAAACUCAACUUCUGAAUAUUGUGCUUGGCUCAGAUAAGUAUUCUGCAGCAAGCUUUGUUGUAGGAAACUGCCUUGUUUGGCAUGUUUCAAGUUCCUAUUUCCAAGCUUCCAACGAUUUUGAAUGAAUUUUGGUACGAGAUUUCGGUGUUUUAAGUGUUCGCACAAUGUGAUCCUGUAAUUUAUACUAUUUUACUAUUUAUUGUACAUGUACAUAUACUUAUUUUAAACAGGUUUAAAAUGACUCUUAAACAAAUCAAAUUGUUUUUGGGAAUGUCGUAGUAACCAAAGAUGUGAAAUUUGUUUUGUUGACAAAUUAAUUGGUUAAUGCCUUUUAUGUGUUGCUGCAUUGCAAUUUGAAGCAUAACUUGCUUCCUUUUCUUGGUACAAAAAUUUUAGACAUACAUUUUAUAGGUCUUCCUGUUUUUGAAGCCUCAUUUCUUUUGUAUCUCAUUGAUUUCUUUUUCUCUAUUUUAUAAAACUUACAAGAGCAUUAUAUCCAGGCGUAAUGAAUCACUGUUCUACCUCAGUAGACUGUAAAGUCUAGUGGAUUUUAUUUGUGAAACCCGUCCAAUCUUUGCAUGCUGUUAAGAAUUAUGUAAACUGUUCAUAUAUUUGUGUACAAAUAUUUAUGUUCAUUAACAGAGGCCAAAUGUUAUCCUCAUUACAUACUAAUUUAUGUAAUGUGUUCAAACUAGUUAUAACUGAACGAGUCAUAAGCUUGUGUAUGUCUGUGAUAUUUCAUCUUUUUAAUACUCUUUUAAUUUUCUUUUCGAUUAAAAUAUUUUUAUAAAGUCAGCUUUGAAUCAUGUGGUACCUUUUGAAGUAGAUCAUGCACUAUUUUUACUCUUUUACUUAAGUCUUUCAAAUCAGUUUUGAUUUUAUCUCAACCAAAGUGUCAAUUUAAUUUUGGGAGACUCAAGUGACUUUUGUAGGAGUAUUUGUUCCUUAGGAAGCCUGCUUGCCAUAAUAAUAGAACUUGGAAAUUAGGCUUCUAUUUUCUCGAUCUUGGUGUCCAGAUUAUGCUAGGUCUGAAUAAAGUUCUAAAAACA